CCUCUGGUCUGUCUGACUUGUUUUCAUCACCAGACCUCCAGGUUCCCCUAAGCGCCAGUUGCCAAGAGGCUUGGCGGAUUUUCACUCUGCAGCUCGUAGCUAGCUCUGAUCUUUCUAGAACUUUGGUCUAAAGUGGCAUAGCAGAUGAAGCCGCGCUCUCGGAAGAUCCUUUCGUAAGUUCGUAAUCAGAUCUAAUUGCUAUUUUUUUUUAAGUACAUUUCCGAAUGAUUAGUUUCUUCUUCAGAAGAGUCCCAAUCGGGAGAGCCAUAAGAGAUUUAACUACUCAACUGGGUUUUCUGCAAAACCCUUCAUCUCUCAGAUCCAUCUCCUCAAAACCCUCAAUAAAUGCGAACCCUUUCGUUGUCUCUUACCUCAUUAGCUCAUGUGGACUCUCACCCGCAGCUGCCAUCUCUGCAUCUAAGAAAGUUAGUUUUGGAUCCUCUGAUAGACCAGACUCUGUUAUUUCCCUCUUCAGAAACCAUGGAUUCACCGAAGCGCAGAUUUCCAGUCUCAUUAGUAGGUGUCCAUCAUUGCUCGUUGCCAAACCUACAAAGAACCUUCUCCCUAAACUUCAAUUCUUCCAUUCGUUUGGCAUUUCAAGCCCUACCAUUGCCAAAAUCCUCUCCAAAGAUCCAAGCGUUUUGUGCUCUAGCUUAGAAAACAAAAUCAUUCCUGCUUUUAAUUUCCUGAAGAGUUUAGUUGGGAAUGUGGAGAAUGUUGUUACUGGUCUAAAACGUCAACCUCGGACCAUCAAUCACUUGCAGAAUGUGGCUCGAAAUAUGGAAAUCAUGAGAGAAAAUGGAGUACCUGAAUCUAAUAUCGUGAGUUUACUGACUAACUAUCCCAGUACGAUGAGAAUUAGCAAUGACCGUUUCAAAAAAAUAGUUGAGGAUAUUCAGCAAAUGGGUUUCGGCCCUUCAAAAUACUUGUUUGUUCUUGCUCUCCAUGUGCUUACAUCAAUGAACAAAUCGACAUGGAAGCAGAAAUUGGAGGCUUAUCGAAGGUGGGGUUUUUCUGAGAAUGAGAUUCGAAUGGCAUUUAGGAGGUACCCUUGGUUUCUGAUGCUUUCUGAGAAGAAUAUAAUGAGCCAUAUGGAUUUGUUUGUUAACAAAUUGGGUUGGGAACGGGCAGUUAUCAUCAGGUAUCCACAACUUCUUGCCUUUAGUUUGGAGAAUACAAUUCUUCCAAGGUGUUCAGUUUUACGAGUAUUGAUAUUGAAAGGCCUGGUGAGGGAAGAUCUUAAAAUUGGACAUCUGAUGAUAAGAAGUGAGAAGUAUUUCUUGGAGAACUUUGUGACCAAAUAUGAGAAAGAAGUUCCUCAUCUCUUGGAUUUAUACAAAAGCAAAAAUAUUAGUCUGCUAGGAGUAGAAGAUGGAACUGAGGAAGUGGGUUGAAAGAGAACCUAUUGUAAAAUGCUCAAAUUUCAUAAAUUUGAAAAAUGGAUCUAAAUGUUUCUUUGUGUUAUUCUCUUUCAUUGUUAACACCUUAGUCUCAGUGGACCUCAAAUCCAUCAAUUGUUGACAAUACAACUACUUUGUUGUCUGUUAGAGAGCUACUUAUUUGUCUAAAUUUGAAUAGACCUGAUACUGUUUUCUAGUAGGA